GCGUACGUUUCCAUCAGUCGGGUGUUCAACUCCGGACCGCGAACAACCAGCGAUCGGGGGGGGCCGCGUCGCUUCGUCCGCCACCCUUUCGGCCACCGUCGUUUCGAGAGGAUCGGGAAAAGGGGCACGGUAAAGUUUCCCACGGUCAAAGUUCCGCCUCCUCUCAAACUUCCUCUCGCUUUCGCACUCCUCUCUUCCCUCCGCUAAUUUUUCUACGAUGUGAAUUCGCACGUAACGAAAAUUGGAGAUUACGGAGCGGAGAGAGAGAAACUUGGAUUGGAUUCGCGAACGAAGUUCGGAGAGCACCGAGGCCGUCGCUCGUCGAAGGGGGCGGGGGAAAGGGAUCGAAGGGCGUGAUCGUUAACGUUAAUCGAUCACCCGUCACACAGAUAAAUAUCCGCGUAUACCCCGUUGAUAAUCGGUCGGCGGAGCUAGCACGAGGAUGGCACGCCGAUAAUUAUGAACGGGGUCGCAAGUCAUUAGUCGCGGGUGGACGUUAACGGUGGGGCCUUCAAUUGUUAAUCGGGUUUACGCGCCGUCGAAACGAAAGAACGCUGUAAUCGAACCGAUUAGAUUUCCCAUCCCUCGGCUCGGCUCGACCACGAAACCCACCCCAAGAGAAACAGAGAGAGAGAGAGAGAGAGCGAGUGACUGAAAAUUCCGAAAGCAGCCAAACGAUAAAAUACGUUUCCCGAUCCUCGUCACGUCCCCCUCGUCUCCCUCCAAGUAGAUCGCAUCGUUGGAGCGGAACGAUCGUGGACGAAACGAUCUCGCGAGUGAGAGAAGGUGGGGAGAAGGCGUACCGAUCCAUCGCGCGGUCGAAUCGCGUAAUUAAUCGCGAGACUUACGGCGAAUUAAUUUGGACGGAUUUACGAUCUGGUGCGAGGGAUAGCGAGGCGGUGGAUCAUGAAGCAUCACCUGUGCGCGCAGAUGGCCGCGGCGUGGCGGUGGCAGACGAAAAACACGGCGAGGGGCCCCGUUUCGACGCGACGACGCUGAACUCGGCGUGCGUUUCGAGGAUAGAAUAAAAGGAGGGCAUCACAGUGGACGGUCGAGACGUUGCCAAAGGGACACGGGACAGUCCGGAUUCGGGAUGGGAUUCAGGAUCGAUGAGUUAAUUCCGGGUAACGGUUGGGAAGAGAGGAAAACCGGUGGUUGAGCGUCGGAGGAAGAGGAGAAGCGAGCGGAAAGUUUUGAAAAAGUGCAUCCCACGGCGGCCUUGUCCCACCACCAGUGAAUUAAAAGCAGUCUGCGCGCGGUCUGCAGGGAUCGCGAGUACAAAGACAUAGAAAGAAAACUGAAGAGAGAGAGAGAGAGGAGCAAAGAAACGAAGGUGGAAAAGGAGAUAAACGAUCCGUGCAACUUUCUUUCUCGCCAAAGUGUGGAGGAAGAGCAAAGUCGAUUUAAAAUGGUGUGCGAAAGGGAUUAAAGGAGGAAAAGUGCGACGAUUUGCGAGUGACGACGACGACAGGGGAAAAAAAGAAAAGAAAAUGGAUAAACGUAACGAGUAUCUCGCGAUUAAACAAAAAUCGAAGAGGAAAAAGGAUUUAUGAUCCACGGCACAUCGUACGGUGAAACGGUAGAAUAAUAAUAAUAAUAAUAAUAAUAGUAAAUCGAGUUUAAUUAUCUGGUGCAGCUAGACAAUUGGUGAAAGUUGGGCGAGGGGAGGGGGGGACACGAUAAUCGGAAAUUUGAAAAUCCGUGGACGUUCGCUCCGACGGAAGCGAAGCAGGAUGAAUCGCGGCGAGUGAUCGGGGGGCGAGGGAUCGAGGAUUGAUCGGAACGUUCUGUGGACGUUCUGUGCGCGAGGCAGAGAGAGAGAGAGAGAGAGAGGAGGGGAAACGGUGGAAACGGUGGUGUUGGGAGGAAUAUGGUGCGGGUGAGCCGGUGAGCCGACGGUGAUGGCAUGAGGACAUUAGUAAGGAAGAGGUGCGGGUCUAGCGAGGAGGAGGAUGAGGAUGGUGGUGGGCGUGAUGGUCCUCGGUCAGCUACUGACGAGGAUUUUGCUCGCUGCCCAUGCGGGAGAUCGGCUCGCGGCCGCUCGCAGAAUACUCAGGGACGUGCCUUUGAUAGACGGGCACAACGAUCUACCGUGGAACAUACGCAAGUUCUUGAAGAAUCAGCUGAGGGAAUUCAGGUUUGAUGACCUGAGGGAUACCCACCCCUGGUCGCGGAGCGCGUGGAGCCACACGGAUCUGAGAAGAUUGAAGGAGGGCAUGGUUGCAGCGCAGUUUUGGUCAGCUUACGUCCCCUGUUCCUCCCAGCACCUCGACUCGGUCCAACUGGCACUCGAGCAGAUCGACCUGAUUCGUCGGCUGGUCAACAAGCAUCCUGAAAGCAUGGUCCUCGUUACCACGGCGGAAGGUAUAGAGAGGGCUCACAAGGAGGGUAGAUUAGCGAGCCUGAUAGGGGUCGAAGGGGGCCACGCGGUUGGAGCGAGUCUGGCCGUUCUGAGGAUGCUGUACGAGUUGGGCGCCAGAUACCUCACUCUCACGCACACGUGCAACACGCCUUGGGCAGAAUGCAGCACAGCGGAUGAACCCGGUCAAGUGGCACGCAUCGGCGGUCUGUCCAAUUUCGGCAAGAGUAUCGUGUUGGAGAUGAAUCGGCUCGGAAUGAUGGUGGAUUUGUCGCACGUGUCCGUGCCCACCAUGCUGGUCGCCAUGAAGACGUCGAGGGCGCCUGUCAUUUUCAGCCACAGCAGCGCCCACGCCCUUUGCAAUUCCUCGCGAAAUGUGCCUGACCAUGCGCUGCGACGCUUGGCGCAGACAGAUGGUAUAGUUAUGGUAUCCUUCUAUCCCCAUUUUAUCAGCUGUGGCGAAAAAUCGACGUUGGAGGACGUAGCCGCUCACAUAGAUCACGUGCGAAAGAUCGCUGGCGUGGAUCACGUCGGGAUAGGAGCCGGCUACGAUGGGAUCAAUCUAACACCGACGGGCUUGGAGGACGUUAGCAAGUAUCCGGAGCUUUUCGCGGAGCUGUUGGCGCGUGGAUGGUCGGAGAGAGACAUUCAGAAAUUGGCAGGCCUGAAUCUGAUUCGAGUGUUCAAGGCGGUGGAGAAGGUUCGAGACGACAUGGCCGCGGAUGGGGUGGAACCUUUGGAGGAAGAGAUCCCGCACGAGGAUAUAAUCGGUCGAGAUUACUGCCGUUACAACGUGAAGCGACCGAUCGCCCCAUAAUCGUGGUUGCGAAUCGAUUGGGAGAAAUAAUGGGGAACGGUUGAAGAAUGGAAGGCGGAAGGGAGGCGUUCGAAUAAGGAGACAGCGAGUAAUCAUCGCAGAACGAAACUUGCUUCCGAGGCAAGAUUCCAGAAAUUCCUUGCAUCCGCAACGAAUCGAGCUCCUCGAGUUUCCUUUCUUUCGAUCCUUUCUCUCCGCUGUUAUCCGCGAUUCUCGGCCGCGUACGUAGGGUAGAUGGGCAAACUCGAUCUCUUUCUUUUCGAACAUUGCCGACGCGAACGAUCUCGCGGAAAAACGCGGAGGAGAAUCGGUGAAUCGAAAGAGCGAAAGAGCUCGAUUCGCGAGAUUUCAUUUUCCUUCCGGAAGGAGAGAACGAUGGAUCGUGGCGAGAUACACGUGGAGAGAGGAGUUGGUUGGAAGAACUCUCGAAGACCAAAGACCGGCGUUCGCCCGUCGAACGCUUAAGAAUUUAAGCUGCCGUAAUCGAUGUGUUUAAUAUUUGCACUCAACGAUUUUUUUCGUCGAUGCUGGAACCAAGAAUCACGCGUUCUAGUCAAUAUGAUAAAUUACAUUAUGUAUAAAUAUGUACACAUAACGAUCGAUUUCGCGAACGACUGACGCCGAUCCUGAGAAAUCACGAGCGGUGACUAUUAUUCGAUUCGAGUGGACGAGUGCUUCGAUGUGUGUCCUGACCGUGUAUGUGUGCGUGUGCGUGAGAGAGAAAGAAAGAGAAUUAACGAUGUUUGUACAUACGGUACCUGAAGUCGAUGAACAUAUUGAACAAUUCCUCCUUGUAGAACAAACCGACCAGACAAAAUUUUCACCGGAAACAAUUCAAUCGUGAUUCUUGAAAAAUCACGAAUAAUUACUCGUCACGUGAUAACUUUUCGUUAAAGAAAAAGAGAGAGAGAUUCGUAUUCGUUCGAAAUAAAACUCGUAGCAACAAUCUCGGUUUAGAAGAUUCUUAGAUGGCCGGUUUGAUCAGACUGUCGCGGAGGAAAACUAGAUACCAAAUUAGGCUCGAAGAAGCUUGAAAAAAAGAAGAAAAACGUGAAACGUUUGACAAAGUCAACGGAGUGCGCUUUCCGACGAGAAAACUUUUCCUACGAUUUUGCACGAUCGAAGUUGACGUCGACACGCGCGUCGGUGUCACGAUGUGUUCACAACGAUGACAUUUUCGAACGCGUCUCAUUCAUUGUAACCACCACUUUAAGGCUCGUAUAUUCUAAUUAACGCACCGAGUAAAUAUCCUUUCUUAACGAUGUUUUUACACUAAACUUUUAAUAUAGCCAGAUUUUAAAAAUGGGCGAGCAUGGAGCAAAAAAAAAAAGAAAAGAAAAGAAAAGAAAAGUAAAGAAAAUGCGUAGAGCAUAUGAAAACAAGUCGAAAACGUAUUAUCAACUUCCCUCGUGCCAUCGAUUACAAUUUGAUCGUUAAUUUUACGCGUAUCUGCGUAUCGUUUGAAACUUAUUAUAUCACUUAUGUUCCGAUCGAAAAAAAAAGAAGAAGGAGAUGGAGAGAAAAAAAAAUGAAUCAUAAGACUUGUUUCGUAUCGAUCGAUGUAACGAUCAUUCGUGUGCAAGUAGUCAAGAUCAACGAAGCGCCAGCCUCGUGUGAGUAUAUCCUACAUUUCAAACGUUACUGAUACCAAAAAAAAAAAAAAUAAAAAAUAAAAAAUAAAAAAAUAAAUUGACGACAAAUCGAAAUACGAUCGUUGUUCAAACCA